UUCCCUCACAGCCCAGUAGGAGGGGCGGCUGGGCCGCCGGGCUGUGCAGCCGGGAGUCGUCGGCAGCGCGGAACUUCGGCGCACGAGGAGCCAAGGAGCCACCUGCGUUGCCGGGAGAGGGAGGGGGAAGGAAGGUCGCAUAGCGGGGCGACACGUCGCUGCGGAGGGAUCCUGUUUCUGUUGGCGGAGGGAUUUGGUCGCACGCCGACUUCCGGUGAGCCCCGAUCCGAGAGGAAAAGCUCCGAAGGAAACAAUAACAAACGCAGGAGGAAGCGGUUUUGGGGUUCGUGUGUUGAGCGGGUCUCGCCCGAGAAGAUGAGCUUCGGCCCCUGUCAGGGGACGUGAGCGCAAUCGCCGGGCCCCAGCCAGCGUUUCUCCCCGUGGGCCCCCGGUGCCACCAUGGCGGCCGUGGGGCCGGGGGGCUACGCGGCGGAGUUCGUGCCGCCUCCGGAGUGCCCGGUCUUUGAGCCCAGCUGGGAGGAGUUCACAGACCCGCUCAGCUUCAUCGGCCGCAUCCGGCCCCUGGCGGAGAAAACCGGCAUCUGCAAAAUCCGACCGCCCAAGGAUUGGCAGCCUCCAUUUGCAUGUGAAGUAAAAAGCUUCCGUUUUACUCCCAGAGUCCAGCGUCUGAAUGAACUUGAGGCAAUGACCAGAGUGAGAUUGGACUUCUUGGAUCAACUAGCAAAAUUUUGGGAGCUUCAGGGGUCUACCCUCAAGAUCCCUGUGGUGGAGAGAAAAAUUCUGGAUCUCUAUGCUUUAAGCAAGAUUGUUGCCAGCAAAGGUGGUUUUGAAAUGGUCACCAAAGAGAAGAAAUGGUCUAAAGUGGGUAGCCGCUUGGGAUAUCUGCCAGGAAAAGGAACUGGGUCUCUUUUGAAGUCACAUUAUGAAAGAAUUCUCUACCCAUAUGAGCUUUUCCAGUCUGGUGUCAGCCUUAUGGGUGUACAAAUGCCUAAUUUAGAUCUUAAGGAAAAAGUGGAGCCUGAGGUUCUUGGCACUGAUGUCCAAACUCCCCCAGAGCCGGGCACAAGAGUGAACAUUCUGCCGAAGAGAACAAGGCGUGUCAAGUCUCAGUCAGAAUCUGGAGAAGUGAAUAGAAACACGGAACUGAAGAAACUUCGGAUUUUUGGGGCUGGGCCUAAGGUUGUGGGCUUGGCAAUGGGAGUAAAAGACAAAGAAGAUGAGGUCUCCCGAAGACGAAAAGUUACCAACAGGUCAGACGCAUUUAACAUGCAAAUGAGACAACGGAAAGGAACUCUCUCUGUUAACUUUGUUGAUCUUUACGUUUGUAUGUUUUGUGGUCGGGGAAAUAAUGAAGAUAAAUUGCUGUUGUGUGAUGGAUGUGAUGACAGCUAUCAUACAUUUUGUUUAAUUCCCCCACUGCCUGAUGUGCCCAAAGGAGACUGGAGGUGUCCUAAAUGUGUUGCUGAGGAAUGUAAUAAACCUAGAGAAGCCUUUGGAUUUGAACAAGCUGUACGAGAGUAUACACUUCAGAGCUUUGGAGAGAUGGCAGAUAAUUUUAAGUCUGACUAUUUCAAUAUGCCAGUUCAUAUGGUUCCCACAGAACUAGUGGAGAAGGAAUUCUGGCGGCUGGUGAGCAGCAUUGAAGAAGAUGUUAUCGUAGAGUAUGGAGCUGACAUCUCCUCAAAAGACUUUGGAAGUGGAUUUCCUGUAAAGGAUGGUCGGAGAAAGAUGCUGCCAGAAGAAGAGGAAUAUGCGCUUUCUGGUUGGAACUUGAACAACAUGCCUGUUCUAGAGCAGUCUGUCCUUGCACACAUCAGCGUGGACAUCUCUGGCAUGAAGGUGCCGUGGCUUUAUGUGGGAAUGUGCUUCUCUUCCUUUUGCUGGCACAUCGAAGAUCACUGGAGCUAUUCCAUCAACUACUUGCACUGGGGGGAGCCAAAGACAUGGUAUGGUGUGCCAUCUCAUGCUGCAGAACAACUGGAGGAGGUGAUGAGGGAGCUGGCCCCUGAGUUAUUUGAAUCCCAGCCUGAUCUCCUACAUCAGUUAGUCACCAUCAUGAACCCCAAUGUGCUAAUGGAGCAUGGUGUGCCUGUGUAUAGGACGAAUCAGUGUGCUGGCGAGUUUGUUGUGACGUUUCCUCGGGCCUAUCACUCUGGAUUUAAUCAAGGCUACAACUUCGCUGAGGCUGUGAACUUCUGUACUGCUGACUGGUUGCCCAUUGGCCGUCAGUGUGUCAGUCAUUACCGUCGGCUGAGGCGCCAUUGUGUCUUCUCGCACGAGGAACUAAUUUUCAAGAUGGCAGCAGAUCCGGAAUGCUUGGACGUGGGGCUUGCCGCCAUGGUGUGCAAGGAGUUGACUCUCCUGACUGAAGAGGAGACACGGUUAAGGGAGUCUGUUAUGCAGAUGGGCGUCCUGAUGUCGGAAGAAGAAGUGUUUGAACUUGUUCCUGAUGAUGAGCGACAGUGUUCAGCAUGCAGAACCACCUGUUUUCUCUCUGCUCUCACGUGUUCCUGUAAUCCUGAGCGGCUUGUGUGUCUCUACCAUCCAACUGAUCUGUGCCCCUGCCCCAUGCAGAAAAAAUGUCUUAGAUAUCGCUACCCAUUAGAGGACCUCCCUUCUCUGCUGUAUGGUGUGAAAGUCAGGGCACAGUCGUAUGACACUUGGGUCAGUCGUGUUACAGAAGCAUUAGCUGCCAACUUCAACCACAAGAAAGAUUUGAUUGAAUUACGAGUAAUGCUGGAAGAUGCUGAGGAUAGGAAAUAUCCAGAAAAUGAUCUCUUUCGAAAACUCAGGGAUGCUGUAAAAGAAGCUGAGACCUGUGCUUCUGUGGCUCAGCUGCUUCUGAGCAAAAAGCAGAAGCACAGGCAGAGCCCAGAUAGUGGGAGGACUCGGACCAAACUGACAGUGGAAGAGUUGAAGGCCUUUGUCCAACAGCUUUUUAGUCUUCCAUGUGUCAUCAGCCAAGCUCGACAAGUAAAGAAUCUACUGGAUGAUGUGGAAGAGUUUCAUGAACGUGCUCAGGAGGCCAUGAUGGAUGAAACCCCAGAUUCUUCCAAACUGCAGAUGUUGAUAGAUAUGGGCUCUGGUCUCUACGUGGAGCUACCUGAAUUAGCCCGACUAAAGCAAGAGCUACAGCAGGCUCGAUGGUUGGACGAAGUACGACUGACCCUGUCAGAUCCACAACAGGUCACUUUGGAUGUCAUGAAGAAAUUGAUAGACUCUGGGGUGGGGUUGGCGCCCCACCAUGCGGUGGAGAAAGCGAUGGCUGAGCUUCAGGAGCUCCUCACGGUCUCUGAGCGAUGGGAGGAAAAGGCCAAGGUCUGCCUGCAGGCAAGACCACGGCACAGUGUGGCAAGUUUAGAAAGCAUCGUGAAUGAAGCUAAGAAUAUUCCAGCCUUUCUACCCAAUGUGUUGUCCCUGAAAGAAGCCUUACAAAAGGCUCGAGAAUGGACAACUAAAGUGGAAGCUAUUCAGAGUGGCAGCAAUUAUGCUUACUUGGAGCAGCUGGAAAGCUUAUCUGCCAAAGGCCGCCCUCUCCCUGUGCGUCUUGAUGCGUUGCCCCAGGUGGAGUCACAAGUGGCGGCAGCACGGGCCUGGAGAGAACGGACUGGGAGGACCUUUCUUAAGAAGAAUUCCAGCCACACGUUGCUCCAGGUGCUUAGUCCCCGAACUGACAUUGGUAUUUAUGGGAGUGGAAAAAAUAGAAGGAAAAAAGUAAAAGAACUAAUAGAAAAAGAAAAAGAAAAGGAUCUGGACCUUGAACCUCUGAGUGAUCUGGAGGAGGGAUUGGAGGAAACCAGAGAUACAGCCACAGUGCAAAAAGAGGUUAGUAGUGUUCUCAUUUUUCGGAAGACUGAGAUUCAGAAAACUUGUAACCCGGAUCAGGAGUCUGUUAAGUGCAAGAGCCAGGCCUCAUACCAAGGCUGCUUGAUUUCAAGGCAUACCAUCUUUCUACUGCACCCUAUAGAAGAAUUAAAAAGUACUCUACUGAUGCGAAUUGUGGCAGUUUUCAAAGAACGGGAGCAAAAAGAGAUUGAAGCCAUGCAUUCCCUCAGAGCAGCCAACCUCGCCAAGAUGUCAAUGGUAGACCGCAUAGAAGAAGUAAAAUUUUGCAUUUGCCGCAAGACAGCGAGUGGGUUUAUGCUCCAGUGUGAGCUCUGCAAAGACUGGUUUCAUAACAGCUGUGUUCCUCUUCCUAAGUCAAGUUCCCAGAAGAAAGGGUCUAGCUGGCAGGCUAAAGAAGUAAAGUUCCUUUGCCCUCUCUGUAUGCGGUCUCGAAGACCUAGGCUAGAGACCAUUCUGUCCCUCCUGGUAUCCCUUCAGAAGUUGCCUGUACGGCUGCCUGAAGGAGAGGCCCUUCAGUGUUUGACAGAACGUGCAAUGAGUUGGCAGGACAGGGCCCGGCAAGCCCUGGCCACAGAUGAGCUGUCCUCUGCCCUGGCCAAGCUCUCUGUGUUGAGCCAGCGGAUGGUGGAGCAGGCAGCUCGGGAGAAAACUGAAAAGAUCAUCAGCGCAGAGCUCCAGAAAGCCGCUGCCAAUCCAGACUUACAGGGACACUUGCCUAGUUUCCAGCAGUCUGCUUUUAACCGGGUGGUGAGCAGUGUAUCUUCUUCCCCUCGGCAAACGGUGGACUAUGAUGAUGAAGAGACGGAUUCUGAUGAAGACAUUCGGGAGACAUAUGGCUGUGACACGAAGGACACAGCCAGUGUGAAAUCCUCCAGCAGUCUGGAGCCCAGCCUAUUUUGUGAUGAAGAGAUUCCCAUCAAGUCCGAGGAGGUGGUCACGCACAUGUGGACGGCACCCUCCUUCUGUGCUGAGCAUGCUUAUUCGUCUGCUUCUAAGAGCUGUUCUCAAGGUUCUAGCACCACAAGGAAACAACCUCGGAAGAGCCCUCUGGUGCCCCGUAGUUUGGAGCCUCCGGUGCUAGAGUUAUCGCCUGGAGCUAAAGCCCAGCUGGAAGAACUUAUGAUGAUUGGAGAUCUCCUGGAGGUGUCUCUGGAUGAGACUCAACACAUAUGGCGGAUUUUGCAGGCCACACACCCACCCUCUGAAGACAGAUUCCUGCACAUCAUGGAGGAUGACAGCAUGGAAGAGAAACCAUUAAAAAUAAAAGGAAAGGACUCUUCAGAGAAGAAACGGAAACGGAAGCUAGAAAAAGAACAGCUUUUUGGCGAAGGAAAACAGAAGUCCAAGGAGCUAAAGAAAAUGGAUAAACCUAAAAAGAAGAAAUUAAAAUUAAGUGCGGAAAAAUCAAAAGAGCUGAACAAACUGGCCAAGAAACUAGCAAAAGAAGAAGAGAGGAAGAAAAAGAAGGAGAAGGCUGCUGCAGCCAAAGUUGAACUUGUGAAGGAGAGCUCGGAGAAGAAGAGAGAGAAGAAGGUGCUGGACAUCCCCUCCAAAUAUGACUGGUCAGGAGCAGAGGAGUCUGACGACGAGAACGCUGUGUGUGCCGCGCAAAACUGCCAGAGGCCCUGCAAGGACAAGGUAGACUGGGUGCAGUGUGAUGGUGGCUGUGAUGAGUGGUUUCACCAAGUUUGUGUGGGUGUAUCUCCAGAAAUGGCUGAAAAUGAAGAUUACAUCUGUACAAACUGUGCAAAGAAGCAGGGGCCAGAUAGCCCAGGUCCAGCAGCACCUCCUUCUUUCAUAAUGAGCUACAAGCUACCAGUGGAGGACCUUAAAGAGACCAGUUAGCAGGUGCUGGGUUAGCUUGGGACAUGGGGGAAAACGGACCACACAGAGACCGUAGUCAGUAGAGUGGUUUACAUCCACUCAGAAUGUUGCUUCCAAAGACGAAUGACCUUCUGAGCAAGUCCUCCCAGCCGACUUCCUCUUUGCAUGGACGUGGGAUCUGCGUUCUCUGUCAGCACAUCUGUGCCGAGGGUGUCUGCUUUGGUCCAGCAGCCAGUGUUUCAGUUCGUGUCUCCUCUGAGAUUGCUUGUCACAUUAAGGCCAGACAUUUGAGCGCUAGGGUGGCUGGUUGGCAUUAAUGCGUUGGUGUGCUGGCAGGGCAUGUAGGCCGCGGCUUCUGGCCAGUUGGUACUAGUUAGAGGUUUGCAGCCAGCACCACCCAGAGGUGCUGAUCCCUUGGAUCUCCUUAGUUAGGCCAGUGGGGGAGGAGUAGAGUAGCAGUUUCCUUCCACUCUGCCCUGGCAUUUGACGCCCUACACAUCCAGCUAGGAGAGGGCCAGGGCUGAAGUUAGUCCUGUUAGAGGCCAUGGGUAGUGGCACAGCCCGUAGACCUCAGCUCCAUGUGCUUGUCUGUACCAAGAAGAAAACCCCAGUUGAGAGGCAGAUCACCUCAUCUUCCUAAGGAGGAGGAUGGCAUCUAGUUCAGAAGUCUGACUAGAUUGGAUUCUGGGAAGAAGAGAUUUUAUUUCAAGGCAAGGAGCCUUUUUUUGGCUUUGAGAAGUCUUGCUGCCUUGGGUCUGCAUUUUAAAGAAGAGCAGGUACGUGGAUCCAGGCUUCUGCGGUAGCAAAGAAGACAAGUCAGAACGUUUUACUGAGCCACAGCGGUGCCUGCUUUUCGGGGAACCCUUCAUUCACAAGUGCACCAGGUGCCACCAGGCUUCAGGCAUGGCCCCGAGCAAGACCAGCAAAUAACAACUCUUGCCUUGCAGCCCGGCCCCCACUGGCUGUGGUUUCCAGGACUGGCCGUUUCUGACCGUGGCCCGCGGCAGAUGCUGUCGCACAGCAUGUGGCUUCAUCAGAGGACGUGGGCUUAGAGUGCCUCUGGGUGACAAAGUUGUUUUAGUAAAUCCAUUUUUUAAAAAAAGAAAAAAGGACUUGUUUUUACUUUUUUCUAAAUGUCUCUGACUACUGACUGUUCUAUAAAUAGAUUAUUUUUCCUUUUUUAAUAUACAUAUAUGAAUACACACACACACACACACACACACACACACACACACACACACACACACACACACACACACACACACACACACACACACACACACACACA